CAAGAAACGCUCCCUUCUCGCUGCUUGACCCCUGGUUCUUUCUUCCCUCUGUCCCUCCCUACUGCCGCCGUUGCUUCAGGAGCUGCCGCUCCCGGAGGAGCUCCCGGCACGGUAAUGGGGUCUCGGGCCUCCACGUUACUGCGGGACGAAGAGCUCGAGGAGAUCAAGAAGGAGACCGGCUUUUCCCACAGUCAGAUCACUCGCCUCUACAGCCGAUUCACCAGCCUGGACAAAGGAGAGAACGGGACUCUCAGCCGGGAAGAUUUCCAGAGGAUUCCAGAGCUUGCCAUCAACCCACUGGGGGACCGGAUCAUCAAUGCCUUCUUUCCAGAGGGAGAGGACCAGGUGAAUUUCCGUGGAUUCAUGAGAACUUUGGCUCAUUUCCGACCCAUUGAGGAUAAUGAAAAGAGCAAAGAUGUGAAUGGACCAGAACCACUCAACAGCAGAAGCAACAAACUGCAUUUUGCUUUCCGGCUGUACGAUCUGGAUAAAGAUGACAAGAUCUCCCGUGAUGAGCUGUUACAGGUGCUACGCAUGAUGGUUGGCGUGAACAUCUCAGAUGAGCAGCUGGGCAGCAUUGCAGACAGGACCAUCCAGGAGGCUGACCAGGACGGUGACAGUGCCAUAUCUUUCACAGAGUUUGUUAAGGUUUUGGAGAAGGUGGAUGUAGAACAGAAAAUGAGCAUCCGGUUUCUUCACUAAAGGACACAGACCAGACUAUUCCUUGCUGUCUAGUAUUUAAGAACUGGAACUUCAAGAGUCCUCCUGUCCACCUGCCCCACCUUCACCCCAGCGCUCCCCUUCUCCCGAAGUCCCACUGCUGUUGCAUGAUGACCCCAAGUGUCUGCCCAGCCAGACCCGCCUUGUGUGUAAACCUGCCUUACGGAAGGGAACUCCCAGUGUCUCUCUGCUCGGUAGCUGCCCACCACCUCUUUCUCAGCACCGCCUUUCCCUCUUCUGCUGUGAAACGUCUCAAUCCAUCCAGCCUGAGAAGGUGAGGGGGCCUCACGCUCAGAGUGGCCCGCACAGCUCUCGCUGGGUGGAGAUGUGGCCGUGCGGCCUUCCCUGCAGCGAGGUUCCAGCAUUCUGUGUCCUUGUGUGCAUCCUUGGCUUUCUGUUUCCCUGUCUCCCAGCCUGCCUUUCAGCCUCCCGGCUUUGUACGGAUCCUCACAGUUCCCCCUCUUCUACCUGGCACCCCACGCUAUGCCUGUUAAUCUCUUUCUGACUUGGCAGGAUGGUUCAGUGGUCUGGUGGUUUUUAUCUACCUUCCCUCUGAAAUGGGUCUCUGGGAUGCUGCCUUCUAGGGGCUUUCAGGAACCAACACUUCUUUUGUAAGAAUGUGACCCUCUCUUGUCGCUUGCACUGUUCUGUCAUCAAAGGGCUUCUGGGUAGAAAGUUCCCUGAAAGGUCACUUUGGUGGCUUGUCCAGGUCGCUCUACCUCUGGCUUCUGAUUCUCAGCUUACGAACCAACACAGCUCUGGUGAGUGUCGUGCUGAGUAUUCAGAAAGUAGUCAUAGUUCCGCAGAUCUGCUUAGCUUUGGGUCACCGUCACCACCAGAACGGCUGUGCAGACAGUUGCUGGGACCGCCUCACGGCUCUUUGAUCCACAAAACAAGGCACCUGGCACCUCCCCACUCAUACCGCGGCAUGGCAUAUGCGGCGGUGUGACGACACUGGAAGGUUUCUCCCUUCACAUUUCCAAGUAGAGCGACUAGUGUCACGGAAGUGCCUAACUUAUCCCAGGCCAAGAGAAUUAAGGAUCAGCUUCAGUGUCCUGAAGUUCCGCGCAAAAUUCUUCAUGAAUUUUACACUUGGCAAGUUGUUAAUGCGGAAGCCAUAGUCAGCUCCUACUACAGCCCAAAGCAUUGAGUGUAUUGUCUUAGCUGCCUGGUUACGUGACCUUCCUGGCUCCUAUCUAGACCAUUGCUAAUCCCUUGGGGACAAGGGGUCCGGCACUAGUGGCAUUUAGGUCAUCGAGAGUGAGCCAGGGCAACUUCUCUGCCAAAGCCAGCUUAGACCCAUCGGGCCGUGGCCGUCUUUUCUUGUGAGUCCCUUCAUCCAUACAUCUGCCCUUGGCUGACUUUCUGUGCCUGGCUGCUUGCUUGUUGCCCUUGCUCUCCAAGGUGUGCAAACAACUCUUUAGGGGAGGAACUUCUAAAAAAAUACCAGUGCAAAGGGCUGGACAAAGGUAGGGAACAGGAGUGGCCAGGCUGGACGGCGUAAGUAUAAAUGCAUGGGGAACUCUUCAUGAGGUAUCAGUCUGGCUUCAUGAUCAAAGUGAAGUAAUAGAAUUAUAGAAAAGGGAAGAACUGUCUAAUAGUGGCCUGUUAGAGAGGAGUCUGGAGCUCCUUGGUUUGCAUAUUUAAAGUUCCUAAGAUUAUGGCUUUUCCCCUCUUUGGCUGUAGAGCAAACUGUUUUAAUCCACAGUUGUGCCUUACUGUCCCAUUAAAACUGUAUUGUUCAAUUCGUCAAUAAAUACUUGUGGUUAAAACAAAA